CCGCACUACACAGUCAGCGCCCGGCGGGAACGUUUGUUUUCAACAUCAACAUGGAAAUGGAGGGAUCGUCAAAUGAGAUAAUAUCCAGCACGACUGAUACAAUCGAUUUAACUGAAGUCGAGGGUGUUGUCCAGUCAUGGGUGAUCGAUUAUUACUUCGCGUCACUAUGUCGGCUCUUCAGAGACAGAUCUGCGUUGGAGUUUCGUAAAACUUUGAAACUAUUUGAAAGUAUAGUGGAUGAUCUUGAGUCGUGUUGCCUCAGGUCAGAUCAUCCCACUCAGAGAACGAUCUGCUGCUUCCUUGCCAGAGCGAUGGACGGGGAAGACCUGGACGUCCGUUAUGAUCACGUUGCUCGAAUCACUCCCUUGAUGUCAGCGCUGCCGAUUUGGGAGUCAUUAAAAGAAGUGUCUGAUUCAGACUUGCAUGCUAAGAUCAAGACGCUACUGAUUGUUCAGUCUGUCGCUGUGUGUGUGAAGAAAGGAAAUUCACAGUUGGCAAAGGAAACCCUGCAGUGGCUGGAAAAAGAGACUGAGAUACCAGCGAAGCUGCAAGGAAAGCUGACCACCAUUGUGAGUAAGAAGGAUGCAUACGAUCAGCUCCUGAUGAACUUCACUUUCAACCAGCUGUUGGAGAACGUCGACACAUUCCUCAACACGUUCAGCCAGGAACGGUCCUCUGUUUUCUUACUCGAAGCAGCAUUAAAAGUGGUUCAAGCCCGUCAUGAGAGGUCAGAGAAAACCUCAUCUGAACAGGAUGGAAGUGAAAGGACUCCAUCCAGCCCAGAGUCAAACAAACCAGAAGAAAAUGAGGUGCAGGUGGAUCCACUGGUGUUAAAUAUAAGACCCAAAAGGAAACUUCUUUCAAAACAAAUUCAUGACCUGUGGAAACCUGAAACUGCCAAGAAAGAGCAAACCACACGCAAGAGAACCUCCAUUUGCAAGAUUUCCAGGAGAAGUAGUGUCUCUUCAGAAUUACAAAGCAAUGUUAGUGUGACAAGCCAACUCAGGAGGAAAUGGACUGCAGAAGAAGAUCGGAAGCUGAAAGCAGGUGUGAGGAAGUAUGGGGAGGGCAAAUGGAGAAUGAUCCUGAAUGACUUUGAGUUUGACAACCGCACCGGUGUAAAUCUUAAGGACAGAUGGAGAAUCCUGAAGAAAAUGGAAGACUACUGAGCUGCUGGCGGCUUCUGCUUUUAGUAUUUAAAGAUCUUUCGAAUUUAAGGUUUCAGUAUUUAAGCUGUUCUGAUGUCAGACACUUUUUGAAGAUAUAUUCCUGACAGUGUGUCAGGUUUCUCUGUUUUUUCUUUUUUGGUGAAAUUUACAUAAUCCGUUUCAAGAAAUUGAACUGAAAGUUCUAUUGUUAUGCAUGUAAUUUCACAAAAUAAGUUUGGAAGUCCAUUUUGUAAAUUGAAAGUAAACUAUUUAGCAGAAGUAUCGCUGCUGAAAAAACAAAUUAAAAAGCUUUCUGUUGCUGUUUGUUAGAACUGACCACAUUUUUCCACUAGGAGUUGCAAGUGAG